AUGUUCCAGUCUCUGGACCUGACAGCAAGGGACUCCUGGACUCUGUUCAAGCUGCUGGACGAGGAGGGCAAUGGUGACAUUAACCUGUCGGAAUUCAUUGAUGGAUGCCUACGGCUUCGCGGACCUGCAAAGGCGCUGGACAUUGCUUGCGUCAUGGACGAGAGUCGCCGCAUCAAACGAAAGGUGAUGAUCACAGAAGAGCGCCUCUACAACAUGGAGGCCUUGGUUGGCGAGUUGUCAUCGACAUUCGAAUCGAAAUCGGUCCGUAAGCAGCCGGUGGCACCCCAAGAGGACCCGCCGUUGCUGUCGUCGUUGGGUUCGGGGGGCUUUCUAUGCGGCGCUUCCGCAGGGGGUCAAUGGAUGCAGCAUGAUGAGAGUCUCCAUCUUCCAGACGUCCCGUUCGAUGUCGGUCCUGACCUGGGCCGCUCGCGCCCGCCGCAGCGAAUGCUGCGAGGUCGCGACACAGGGCUGAUGAAUGCCAAGGGCAGCACUGAAGAGCCGCAUUUUCCGGACCUACUGUACGACCUGGGUCCGUACAGCUUCCCGUUGAAGCAGCUAUCGUUCUGA